AUGGCCUCCUACUCCUACUGCCCCAAUCCUGGGAUUGGCCCCGGCUCUACUGUGGGCGUGGUGCUGCCAGAUCAGAGUUUCCCGUGGAACAUCUUCCAGAGGGUUGAUAAAGAUAGGAGUGGUGUGAUAUCGGACAACGAGCUCCAGCAAGCACUAUCCAAUGGCACAUGGACUCCAUUUAAACUCACUCAGAAACUU